AUGGAUAUUCAGGAUGGAAUGUAUUUGCCCCAUAUCUACAACCAUAUAAUGAUGCCUUCGAAUCAUCUAAGGAAAGGUGAUUGUUGUGGACGCUUGGAAGCUACCAGUGAUGGAUACUAUUGCAGAAGCUGCGAUUUCUUCGUCCACAAGAAAUGUGGUGAGUCCCCUAGAUCUAUCGAACAUCCAUGUCACUCCAUUCACCCUCUUAUACUUCGAAGUAAGCCACAUAAUAUAUGUGAUUUGUGUGAGAGGAGUAUUGAGAAUCUAUGCUACCAUUGUGAGCUAUGUGACUUUGACGUGGAUCUAUACUGUGUGAGGUACCCACCACCAAUGGUUAUAGAAAAUUCCGAGAUGCAUGGCCACAAGCUCUUUCUUCUCGAGGAGCCGAUCAAGUUUGACUGUGCUGCUAGCUGUGGGAAGAUUGGUCAUAGUUUUGCUUACAAAUGUCAUGAAUGUGAUUUAGCCUUCCAUGUGGCUUGCCUAUGGGAUUCAUCGGAGUUAAAACUCCCGUUAGAGGUAAACCACUCUCACCACACCUUGCACCCUCUUAAGCUCAUCAUGGGACGAUCACCGGAUUAUUCUGAUGAGAAAUGUCGUCUUUGCGAUAUCAAGAUUGAUGAUGAAUCUUUUUAUCAUUGUUCUUCGUGUAACUUCACCUUGGAUAUACGUUGUGUUUUUCACCCCCUACCACAAUCUGUUAUGGAGGUGAAAGCACAUGAUCACCAGCUCACCCUUCUCCCUAGGCUCGAUUCUUUUACAUGUAACGCUUGCGGACUCAAGGGAGAUCGAAGCCCUUACAUAUGUGUUCAAUGCAAUUUCAUGAUCCACCAACACUGUCUUGCCCUUCCACGAGUCAUAAACAUCAAUAGGCAUGAUCACCGUGUCUCUCGCAAUGCUGUUGUUGGCGUUGUGAAUUCUAUAUGUGGAAUUUGUCGCCAGAAGGUGGAUUGGAUUUGGGGAGGCUAUUCUUGUCAGCACUGCCCUCGCUAUGUUGUUCAUUCGAAGUGUGCUACCAGAAGAGAUGUGUGGAACGGGAAAGAACUCGAGGGAGUACCUGAAGAGAUUGAAGAUAUAGAACCAUAUGUGGUAAUAGAUGACAAUACAAUACUACAUUUCAGCCACAAAGAGCAUUAUCUAAGACUCCACAUUAAUGGUCUUCUUUGUGAGGACAAGAAGCGGUGCAGCGCUUGUACCCAUCCCAUAUGUCUCCAAUCCUUCUAUUAUAGCUGUAUCUAUUGUUGUUUCUUUCUCCACCAGAACUGUGCUCAACUUCCUAGAAGGAAAUGGCAUGUGCUACACAAUGAACGGCUUACUUUAGUAACAAGCACCACCAAUUUCUUUGGGUGUAGAGCUUGUAACAGACCAUCCAAUGGUUUCAAAUACCAAUAUGAUGAGGAGAAGACUUUAGAUGCUCUGUGCGGUUCAAUUUCUGAGCCAUUUUUCCAUCCAAGUCAUCCGGAUCAUCCCUUAUACCACACUGAACCAAAGAAAAGGAUACAAUGCAAUGCUUGCAACAAGUUGACAUAUCCUGCGCUCUCGUGCAUUGAAAAGGGUUGUGGAUUUUCCUUGGGCUUCGACUGCGCCACUUUACCACAACUAGUAAAGCAUAGAUUUGACAAUCAUCUUCUCUCACUAUGUUAUGGAGAAAAGGCAAGUGGGAAAUGCUGGUGUGACAUUUGUGAAGAAGAAACCAAUCCAGAGACAUGGUUUUACACGUGUAAAGAUCACCAAGCUAGUUUGCAUAUAAAGUGUGUGCUCGGAGACUUGUCUGGGGUCAUGCCAAGAAGCACAAUAACGGUUUCUGGCAUACCAAAUGAGGUGGUCGUCAAUAAUGGUAUGUCUCGCCCAUUUUGCAUGAAUUGUAAGUCGCGUUGUAUGUACCCUAUGAUCUUGAAGAAGCCUGGGGUAUCAGACGCAUAUUCACAUCAUUGCUCUUUUCAUUGCAUGGUUGCUACUGUACUUUUCAUUUUCCGUACCUUAGGUCUGGAUCAAGAUGUCUCUCAGUUGUAAAGAUAAAUCGUGAAGUAUGUGAAGCAA